UCCAGAAUUGCACCCCCCACCCUCUCCUCAUUCCAGCUGUGCCUUGCCUCGAUGCUGAUGCUCAUCGCCCUCAGCUGUCACUGCUGCAGCUCUCACAGUAUUCAUAUGACAGCAGAAACAUCUGUCUCCAUUCAGAGAAAAGACCAGGCAAUGACCAGAAAGCUGUGCAGAUGGGACGGGGGAGCGGAUUCCACACGAGGCGCGGGCCGGACCUUGUUUAGCGUCGGACACCUGUGAUGGAGUACAUCUGGAGAGAAUGUCCAGUGGAGUGUGGAAUCUCCUACUGCGAGAGCAGUCUCCUCCGGGUGCUGAGCAAAAAGCAGAACAUUUGGUCAUCAUGAACACAGACAAAGAUCCUGAAGUUACUAGCCCAGAGGGGUCCGGGAUGGACGUUUGCAGUGAUGUUGCAGAUGUGAAGCCGCAGGAGGAGGAAGAAGAGAGGGAAGAUAAUUCAUUCAGUGAGAAUGGAAUGCAGUGUGAUGAAGGUGGUGUGACAGGUCCACAUGUGAUAAAGACAGAGGCGGAGGAGAUGGAAGACGACGAGCAGCACCCCGAGGCUGAAAAAGAAAGAGAGACUGUGCUCAAAGAGGAAGCGGAGGGGGCCAGCGAGGACGGGACGGAGGAAGGAUUCGACGAGGAGAGGACAGAGGAGGACGAAGACGAGGAGAGGGACGGGGAGGGGGACGAAGAGGGAGACGCCCUGAAUGAGCCACAGGACCUGUCGCUGGUGGACUACUCGCGUUACGACAGCGCGGCCCUGCCAGACGCCCACGCAGCAGAGGCGGCGGCUGGUGAAGAAGAAGGGACCUACGUGCCUGGAACCGUGGCCCCCCGCAUCCAGACGACAGGCAAGCUCAACUGUGACAUCUGUGGCCUGUCCUGCGUCAGCAUCAACGUACUGCUGGUGCACAAGCGCAGCCACACGGGUGAGAGGCCAUUCCAGUGCAGUCAGUGCGGCGCCUCCUUCACCCAGAAGGGAAACCUGCUGCGCCACAUCAAACUGCACUCCGGGGAGAAGCCCUUCAAAUGCCCCAUGUGCAGCUACGCCUGCCGUCGACGCGACGCUCUGAGCGGCCACCUGCGCACCCACUCUGUGGAGAAACCCUUCAAGUGCAACCACUGCAGUCGCAGCUACAAGCAGAGAAGCUCUCUGGAGGAGCACAGAGAGAGGUGCCAUGUGUACAUUCAGAACAAAGGUCCCGCUGAGAGAGAAGACGGCCAGACACCCAGGACUCAGAUGGGCACUGAGCGUGCUCUGCUGCUCGACAGGCUCGCCAGCAACGUAGCCAAACGGAAGAGCUCCAUGCCGCAGAAGUUCACCGGCGACAACGGCGUCUGCCUGGACCUGAGCUUUAACAGGGAGUUGGUCUAUCGAACUGACGUCAAGGAGCCUCCGCCGGGCUCCCCGGGGCCCGACACCCACCAUCAGCAACAACCCAUCCCCACAGGGCCAGACGGCAACCCAGCUCCCUCCCGCAGGCCCUACCCCAUCCAGCUGAGCCGCAGCGACAUCGGCCCCAUGGGCCUCACCAACGGCCACAAGAUGGCCAUGCCGCUCCUGGGCCUCCCUCACGCCACCCCUCCACCCCUCGGCAUGGACUCGUUCCACGCCGACGGCUCCCAGAUGUCCCAGCCCGUCAUGUACACCUUAGGGCACCUGCUGGGGGGGCUGAACCAUCAGAACGGCAUCCCUCACCCGCACGCCCAGCCCAUCCCCUUGUCGCCGCUUGAGGCCUUACGGGUGGUGCGAGCCGACGGGGAGGGCGGAGCGGUGCCCGGGGCGGUGUACCCCUGCGGGCACUGCAGGGUGAUCUUCCUGGACUACGUCAUGUUCACCAUCCACAUGGGGUGCCACGGCUUCCGUGACCCGCUCGAGUGCAACGUGUGCGGCCACCGCAGUCGGGACCGUUACGAGUUCUCUUCCCACAUAGCCCGCGGCGAGCACCGCCUAGAACUGAAGUAGCUUUCAUUCAUGCAGACGUUCAUGCUUACACACACACACAUACAUACACACACACACACACACACACACACACACACACAGACAGAUAACACUGUAUGAGAACACACACACAGAUUUACUCAUAUAAGUAGCUGGUAGUAUCAGAAAUGAAAGCAUGAAGUAGCAGCUAUGCCACUCUCUGUCUGUCUUUUAUACGUGUGUGAGUGUGUGUGUGUGUGUCUGUGUGUGUGUGUGUGUGUGUGUGUGUGUGCAUGUGUGUGUGUGUGUGUGUGUGUGUGUGUGUGUAUGUAAGAGAGAGAGAGAUUGAGAGAGACGUUAUAGGAGUGUGACGGGUGUCGGAGUGUUCUUAGUCAUACUGUACUCAUCUGAAAAGAUGGCCUGUAAAGUGUCUAUGCGGGAGUAAUUCUACUUCCUUUCAUACGUCACAUUUGUUCUUAAUGACUCCUGCUGUAGCCACUGCUUAUAUCAUGUAGCCCAUAUGCCAUAUAUACAUUCAAAUGUUCAACAAAGUAGCAAAAAUGUAUGCAUUUAUUGUUUAUCUGCUGUUGUUCUUUUCCCUGUUAUUUGUGUAAAGGUGUAAAAAUAAAAAGAUAGACCUGCA